UAAACGCUAGCUCUGUGGUAAACCUGGUCUAAUAAGUAUGUUUGAUAUUAACAUUACAUCAAAGCACUGUGUGGUGUGAAAGGGUCGCGGUAGGUGAUGAAAAUAACCGAAAAUUAUCACCCAACGACGACUCUAACGGUAACUGAACUUUAGCGUUAAGUAGCUAAACUAACCAUAAAGUUAAAUGUUUGCUAACACAUUAGCCAGAACAAUUUUGUAAGACCACAAUACAUCAGAGCUGCGUGCAUGUUAGCUUGUAUUGAAAUUGAAUUAACUUACUUGUCAAAAACCAAGUAAUUAAAUUUGCUCUAGGUUAAUGGGUCAAAUUGAACAAUAUUAAAAAUCAUGACAUAAUGCUAACAGAGAAAAAAGAAAUGACAAAGAUGAACAGUGGUGACAAGAUGAAGCCAACCAACAGGGAUAAUGUUCACCUUAAAAGACUAAGAGCGAGGGGAGUGAGUCAUCAUCAUCAGGAUGAAACGCUCUGACAUUUGAGCAUGAAAGUCCCAGAGUGCCUUGCGGCCCAACAUCGCUGGAGAGCACUUGAGAGGAUCAUCGAAGUUUGUUCGAGAGCGUCAAGACUCUCUCUCAAGGGCAGCUGGCUCUAUCAUCUGCGGUGCAAAUGUGUUCCACCUAAUUUGCCCUCCAGUUGAAAUAGGAAGAUCAGAAAACAAACAGCGGGGCAGGAGAAGGUAAUAAGACAGAAUGAUUCACUGGGCUGGACGCAUUGAGAAGGAGCUGGAAAAGGUUCUGCAGCACGUCACCGGAACUCAGCAGAUGAGAUCGAUUUAUAAUGAGAAGAAGAGCCAGUUUGAAAUCAAGAGAAACAACCCCAAGGACUUGGUGGAGAGAGUGGCACGCGACAUUUCCAAGCUUCUCAACAGUAAGAGGAAAGCCCUGGAGAAACUGGCCAAGGAGGCGGAGCUGCUUCAGAAGGAGCACGUAUGGCAAGACGGUGUGACGGAGAAUGCCAUUUCAUACUACGAUUCCAAAGCGGAUUCAGACUAUACGGAGGAUGGAGAAGAGGAGAACCCGCUGGAGACCUCGUCGUCUUUGGAGCUGGAAUUUGUGGAGGAUCUCAAUUUUAAAAACAAGGUCAACUACUCCUCCAGCGCAGUCCAGAUUCCUACAGACAUAUACAAAGGCUCCCCAGUCAUCCUAAAUGAGUUGAACUGGACCCAGGCACUGGAGAGGGUCUUCAUUGAAAACCGUCGGGAGGACAGCUCUCUGCGCUGGCAGGUGUUUGGCAGUGCCACAGGAGUGACUCGAUACUACCCAGCCACUCCAUGGAGAGCACCCAACAAGAUUGACCUGUACGAUGUCCGCAGAAGACCAUGGUAUAUCCAAGGUGCAUCGUCUCCAAAGGACAUGGUCAUCAUUGUGGAUGUGAGCGGAAGUGUCAGUGGACUCACCCUAAAACUGAUGAAAACCUCAGUGGUGGAGAUGCUGGACACCCUGUCAGAUGAUGACUAUGUGAAUGUGGCCCGAUUCAAUGAGAAGGCCGAUGCUGUUGUUCCAUGCUUCAGGACUUUGGUCCAAGCCAACGUUCGUAACAAGAAGAUCUUCAAGGAAGCCGUCAUGCAUAUGCAAGCCAAAGGAACCACAGAUUACAAGUCUGGCUUCACAUUUGCCUUUGAACAGCUUCUCAAUGAGAGCAGCGCCCCGAGGGCCAACUGCAAUAAGAUGAUAAUGAUGUUUACAGAUGGCGGGGAGGAUCGUGCACAAGAAAUCUUUGAGAAGUACAACUGGCCCAACAAAACAGUUCGUGUAUUCACCUUCUCCGUUGGCCAGCAUAAUUAUGAUGUAACCCCUUUGCAGUGGAUAGCCUGUGCCAAUAAAGGUUACUACUUUGAAAUUCCAUCAAUUGGAGCCAUCAGAAUCAACACCCAGGAGUACCUGGAUGUCCUGGGUCGUCCCAUGGUGCUGGCUGGGUCUAAAGCCAAGCAGGUCCAGUGGACAAAUGUUUACCAGGAUGCUCUGGGUUUGGGCCUUGUCAUCACUGGGACGAUGCCGGUCUUCAACCUCACUGCUGACACUGCAAGUGCUCAGAACCAGCUCAUCCUCGGAGUCAUGGGAGUAGACAUUGCAAUCAACGAAAUCAAAAGGAAGACACCUACAUACAGACUUGGAGCCAAUGGCUACACCUUUGCAAUUGACCCGAACGGUUACGUCUUGCUGCAUCCUAACCUGCGACCCAAGAUCAUUAACUUCAGGGAGCCUGUCACUCUGGACUUCCUGGAUGCAGAGCUGGAGGACAACAACAAAGAAGAGAUCCGACGACAGAUGAUUGAUGGCAAAUCAGGGCAAAGGAAAAUCAAGACGCUCAUUAAGUCAGUUGAUGAGAGGUACAUCGACGAAGCCAUACGGACGUACACAUGGACACCUGUGGAGGGCACAGAUUACAGUCUAGGGUUGGUACUGCCCACAUAUAGCGAGAACCAUAUCAAAGCCAACCUGAGUGACCAGAUCCUUCAGGUGCAGUAUUUUGAAUCACUGCUGCCAAACAGUUUUGAGUCUGAAGGACAUGUAUUCAUUGCUCCCAGGGAAUACUGCAAUGAACUGGAACUGUCCAACAACAACACCGAGUUCCUGCUCAACUUCAUUGCUCUCAUGGAGAAGGUGACACCGGACUCCAAACAAUGCGACAAUUUGCUCCUUCAUAACCUGAUUCUGGACACCGGCAUCAUCAGACAGCUGGUCGAUAAAGUGUGGAAGAACAAAGACUUGAACACAUAUGGGUUUCUGGCUGUGUUUGCUGCAACAGAUGGAGGUGUAACAAGAGUGUUUCCGAACAAGGCUGCAGAAACCUGGGAGGAAGACCCUGAGCCGUUUAAUGCCAGCUAUUACCGCCGCAGUCUCGACAACAAGGGCUACAUUUUCCGGGCGCCUUAUCGUACAGCCAGAGAUGAGCUGCUGAACCCAGAGAACGACACCAUAGGGAUCCUGGUCAGCACGGCGGUGGAAAUCGCAAUAGGAGGGAAGACCAUCAAACCCGCAGUGGUCGGAGUGAAACUGGACCUUGAAGCCUGGGUGGAUAAGUUCAAGAUUCUUGCCAGUAACCAUACAGACAGCCGCCAAGGCUCAAACACGUGUGGACCAAACAGAGGCUGUGAAAUGGACUGCGAAGCCAACAGUGAUGAUCUUCUGUGUUAUUUAAUAGAUGAUGGUGCAUUCCUAAUCAUGUCUAAUCAGAAGGAAGACUGGAACAAGGUGGGCAUGUUCUUCAGUGAUGUUGACCCCUAUCUGAUGUACGCACUCUACAACAAUUCUUUCUACAACCGCAAGGAGUCAUACGACUACCAGUCAGUGUGUGAACGGAUGCCCAACAGCGAGGCUGGAGCUGCACGCAGAGGAGUGUUUGUGCCCACAAUUGCAGAUUUUGUAAACCUGGCUUGGUGGACAUCAGCAGCUGCAUGGUCUUUGUUCCAACAGUUUAUAUACGGACUGGCUUAUCACAGUUGGUUUGUCACAGAUGAGGUGGAUGCAGAUGGAAUCGACUCCAAAGAGCGGAGCUGCGUAAUGAUCCAGACCCAGUACUACUUAAGUAAUCUCAGCAGCUCCUACAACAUACUGCAAGACUGUGGCAACUGCUCCAGGCUGAUUCACGCCAAGAGGAUAAACAACACCAACUUGCUGUUUGUGGUGGCGGAGAAGAUGCCGUGCAACACCUGCGAGAUAGAGAAGCUGUCCCAGGAGGAGGAGGAGUUUAAGGAGGAUAAUCCAUGUGAAGAAAUGGCUGUUGCACGCUAUCGAAAAGGACCCUCCACCUGCUUUGACAACAACAUAUCUGAGAACACAUCGGACUGUGGGCGAGGCCACUCCUUCCGUCCGUCCUUCUACAACUUACUGCUCAUUCAGCUGCUGCUGCUUUAUCCGGCCGUCAGCCCCCACGUUCAGUCUCUACUACAUUAAUUUAAUUUUCCUCCACUUGUCCUCCCUUUAGCCCUCCCGAGCUUCUCUCCUGUCCUAAAACCCUCCGUGCCCCCCCCCCCCCCCCCCCGCCCCCCCUCCACUAAUAUAGUCAUAGGUAAUAAUGGGACUUCCCAUCACGGCAAGUUGGAAGCCCUGAGUGCCGCGCUAUCCAGCCCGCUAUCCAGCACGCUUCAGUUUGUGUCGCUUAGUGACAACUGCCGGACGUUUAUGUCCUCAGCCAGUUAAUCUUCAUCAGCAGAAAGAGAGGGUGGUCCCAGAUCACCUGGAUCAUCAGAGGCAACGUCAGAAAAGAGAAAAACAACCCCUUCCCGCCACCACCACUACCACCUCCGCCACCCAGAGAAGGAAAGAGGGAAAAGGACAGAUCGAUGUCCUCGUCACAGACCUCCCGCCACAUACGAACUGGAGAGUUGAGGGUGUCUGUCUGUCAGACGGACGGUGGGACUUCUCCUCCUUCUCUCUCCUUCAUCUCAGAGUCUCGCCACUCCGUCAUUCGCCUCUCGCAAGAGGCUGUGGACCAUCAAGCAACUUAUUGCCACCAUAAGAGAAAAUAACUGAAAAAAAAAGACCUUGUCAUGUAUACAAAACGUCAAGUAUAAACUGCUGAAGUGAUGAGUAUUCCAAACAUAUAUUUAGUUUUUAAUUUGAAACGGAAGUUGUUAGGUGUUAACUUAAAAAGACAUGAAUUAAUUUAUGCACUAUAUCUACUUGCCAAAAUGAGAUAGACUUUCAUGUGGUCUUAUUUUUAUAGCCAAAACAUGACAAGGAAAUGGCUUCUGAUUUAGAUUUAGGAUAAACCGCGAGAGGAAGAGGAGACACGCAGAAACUGAACGCUGAUUCAUUUUUGUGCGGCUCCUGUUUUCAAACUUAAUUACAGAUUAAUGCUUUUAAGAGACGUCCUCUGAAGAUUAUUGUAAUUACAUGAUGGUAAUCGCAUUUCUUGAAGUAUUUCUCCUUAUAUUUACUAUUUAAGGGCCAGCGCUAUCUUGGCUUACACGCUUGUGACAGCUGUAAAAUAUUAAUCAGUGUUCAGUUCCUGCAGAUUUGGAGAUCAGGAGCAUUGUUGAUGUCGUGUAGUAUUCUCCUUUAUGAUCAACCGACCAUUCUGACCUCUGGUUUAGACUGAUGUAAAAGAAAAAAAAAAAAAAAGAAAAGAAAAGAAACAUCCCUGUGCUCUCUGAUGCGAAAGCUCACCUCUGCCAAUCCUCAUGAGGCUUCUCCAGGAACCUCUACUAACGUUCCUAAUCACUAUUUGUAUUUGUGCUUUACUUCUGUUCACACGACAGACACACUAAGAUCUCUGCCUCAUGACCGUCUCAUAGUAGUUCCAGGUGGGUUUUUGUUUUAGUCAUUUUGGGCAAAUCAGGGUUUGUUUGUUUUUUCUUUCCACUUAUAUUACCUUCAACUGAUGCUGUUCAACCUUCAAACUUUUUCGCUGCUGGGGGAUAGGGGCUUAUCAACAUUUCCAACUAAAGUGCAGAAGAGGCCACUAAAUAUGGUGAUCACGUACAAGUAGUAGUCUGGUUGUAAUCUGUCACAGUUCAUCAUUUGAUCAUUGCGAUGUGUGAAAAGUCAUUUAGACUCCCAUGUUUAGGAGCCGCUCUGUUUCAUAGUGCCUUGAUGCACUUUGUUUUGGAACGCAUCGGCUGUAUAAGAGUAGAGCUACUGUAUAGUAUCUUUAUAAAGCAGCCAUCUUUGAAGCUCGGGACAACACAGGAGCCUGUGAGACUGAAUCUGUAUUAGAAGCUAUAGAAGUAGCUUUACACAGAGCCGUCGCACCAACUGGCUCAAGCUUAAUGUAUUUGCCCUCCAGAGCCACCUGACUGCCAUCAUAUGGAGUUACUAUACCGUUCCUUUACAAAGCCAUGUAUAGAGCUACGAUACACUAUCAGUAGUAUACAGCGACUUAGAGCGUUUUUAGGGCCACCUGACUGCUAUAGUUCUGCCUGAAUCGUAUGUGCGUUUGUGUUUUGUGUGCGGAUGCGUGUCGAUUUGCGUUAAAAACCCUCAAAGGGAAUGUCUUUUAAAAUGAGUUGUGGAGUGUAUGACGGAUGACAGUUGUGGUAGCAUAGCUGUUUUUCCUGUUCAUAUGUUGCAAUGGGCAAAAUCCAGUGUUGUGGAGAAAAAAAAGGGAUUUUACUGAAACAAAAAACAAAAAAAAAUCCAUAUUUGACCAUCAGUCUGCUUAUAUAUUAAUCUGAGGGAGCGGCACAGCCCCUUCGAUUCAGAAGUGUCCGAAAGAAUGUGUAGUUCAUCAGUGUUUUCUGUUUCAAAUGCAACAUAGUUAACAAAGCCUCUCUAAAUGCCUUAGUGUUACACAGUACGGAGCUCUGAUACUGUACGUUCCCCCACCCUCCUCAUGUACACUCUUUCUCACGCACACACAAAUAGAUCCUCCAAAAUAUUCAGUCCCCUGGGUUCUCUUGGUGUUCUGCAGUAGGUAUAGUGAGCUCUAAUUUUGUAUUUUUAUGUCUUUGGAAUGAUAAGUUAUUGAUUGAUGCCUGUUCGAUGAAAUGCUUGAAAGCGGUGGGAGAUUUUUAAGUUUCAAAAGCCUCCGACCUUCGAUGUUCACGCCCACCCAAACCUCACUGUAUCGCUCAGGUGGGAAUAUUCACGCAACGAUUUGAACCUUAACUACACACUCUGUACAGUUGUUGGUACUAUUUGAUGUGACAAACAUGCUGGCACAGUAACUGCAGCGCGGCUUUGAACAAAUCUGACUCACGUAAACACAAAAAAACUUGAGUGUCAGUGAAACUAAUUGAAAAAUUUAAAGGACCAGUAUGUAGGAUUUGUGGCAUCUAGCGGUGAGGUUGUAGAUUGUAACCAACUGAAUACCCUUCCCCUCACCCUCCCCUUUCAAGCAUCUAGGAAAACCUACGGUGGUCACGAAAAACGCAAAAGACCCUAGAGCCAGUGUUUGGUUUGUCCAUUCUGGGCUACUGUAGAAACAUGGCAGCCUCCAUGGAAGGGGACUCGCUCC